ACAAGCAUACAAGCUCCCGGUGCCGAAGACUAGCAAUUCUCGACGGCUUUCGACAACUUUCGUGAACGUCCUCUUUGGUGUACAAAGAAAAACCAAGACUAUGGUUUGGGGCCUUUUUCCUGUUGACCCAAUUCCAGGUGAAGAUAAGUACUAUUUCUUCAAUAAAGGAACAUAUAAAGUGGGUCGAAAAGGAUGUGAUGUCAUUGUCAACAAGGAUAAAGGAGUUUCAAGGAUCCAUGCAGAAAUUAUAAUAGAUGAAAUGAGUUCUUUGGAUCAGGCAUUGAAGAAACCCUCAAAUAUGUCAUCUAAAGUACGUAUAAGAGACUGCUCAAAGUAUGGAACAUUCCUCAACAAGAAUCUGGGCUCGAAGGAGAAAGUUCAUGAGUUUCCAAAUAGAGAAACAAUGCUUAAGGAUGGGGAUCUAGUUUCAUUUGGAACUGGUAAUGCAACUUACAGAUUCUCUUAUGUGCCCUUCAUAUUUUUCAUUUGCUCCACGAAGCAUUCGAAGACAAAACAACUUACUACAAAGGUGUCAUCAAUAGGCGCCAGUAUAACGAAAAAGUGGAGUUUGGACUGCUCACAUGUGCUUGUAGAUGACUCGUUUCCACUGAGUGAAGAUCUGGUUGAUGCUAUUGCCGCUAGAAAACCCCUGGUUCAAUAUAGUUGGGUUGAGCUAAUUGCAGGAAAAAAUAUUUGCACCGAUAUUCCAAGCUGCACAUCUCAUGCACCAAACUUGAUGCUGGAAAGAGUGUCAGUCAAAGUGGUAGAUCCUCAGUCUCGAGAGUGUUGUUUGAAAGGAUAUAAUUUUUUGCUGGAACCAGAAGCUAAGUAUAAAUUUGAGGGCAGGUUGCAGUCCUUGUUGGAAGUUGGGGGUGCCAACGUUUCUUCUGCAAACAUGGUCUUGGAGCAAAAUGGAGAUGACCGUGUGGUGUGUGUAUUUCCUGCAAGAUCAAACAGCUCUAAGUGUUUUCCUAACCAUAGUUCUUUGCCUUGGGUGAGUGAGAUAGAUCUGGUUUCUGCAGUUCUAUCUGGAUAUCUGGAUCCUUCUCUAAUCACAACUCCACCAGUGCUCAUUACAUCUUCAUGCUCCACGGAUGAGACAGUGGUUGCAGAUUCAGAUGCAGAAACAGAAAGUAUGAAAUCAGAUCACAUUGCUGCUGCCGUCUGUUCAGUAGAAGCUCUAGAGUAUGACAGCAAGGCAACAACUUCUGCACACAAACUAGAAUCUGUUGAAAAUUAUAACGAAGAUAAGUGUUCUGUCCAAAUAGUUAUACCUGGGGAUAAGGGAUCCAAGAGGGACACAUCUCCCAGUUCAACAAAACCUGUUAAACAUGAUGAUGCUACCACUCAUGACCCUGAAAGUGGUUACAUCGGGCGCUUAGGAGUCAAAACUGAUAAUACAGUGGCAAAAAAAGAUAUAACUGACGAGCCGGAAAAUGGGAAGUUGGACAUCAUAUAUAGCCAAGAUUUAAUUGUUAGAGAUUCUAUCAUGUCGUUACCAGUCUCUUCAACAAAUGGUGUUACAAAUUUUAAGCGCUUCCGUAAGACAAGUGCUCCAUCCCCGAAUAGCUUUGAAAUUUUCAUUCCGUUUGCCAAGUAUCCAUAUCAAGAAUCUGAGUAUAAGAAUGAAGAUGUUGCUGAAUCGAUUAAAGAAGAGAAAAAGAGAAAACAAAUGGAAGCUAUUGCCGAGGACUUGUUUAACAGUGAAAAGGGAAGACGACGUGGUGCAGCUGGUUCCCUGCAUGGGUUGUUUGCUCGUAAAUAAUAUGGUAAUGGACUAUACAAUGCACCAGCAAAAGCAGAAAGUGAUGGAAAUUUCUGCGUUGAAGUGGGGAGUCAUUUACUGCAACAAGAAUGUGAUUGGCAACUACCCUGUCAUAAUUAGUACAACAAACUUCAUAGAAUAUGUCAUUUUACAAAAAACAUUACAU